UUCAAGCGCGACCCCGAGUCCCAAUCGUGCGCUCAGUCAAGCUCGCUCCCGAGUUCCUCAGAGCGCAAAACACGCACAGGAAUGGCUGCUGCGCGAGACCGGGAUUUAAUGUAAUAAUUCAACAUUUCCCGCUAAUUCUCGAUUUGGGGGGAGUAUUCAGAGAUAUUUUUAUGUCUCCUUCAGCACUUUUGUUUGAGUACUCCGUCUCUCUGAUGUCUAAAUCCAUGGCUUUUGUUUGAGAAGACAACGGAGAGGAACCGGGAAAGAAACACCCAAGUAACGUUAGUCCGACUGUCUCUAUCUGGGAAAGUGAUUUCUUCGUCUCGUGGACUGCUGAAGGAUGUCGUCUGCAAGUGUUGAUUAUAUCGCUCCUUGGUGGACUUACUGGCUUCAUCAGUUUCCUCAUGUGAAUCUAAGGUUUCAGCCGUUGGAUCACACGUUUAAACCGCAAGAUGAAAACUACCAGCAGUCGCUCAUCUUCCUGGGCUGUGUAGCUGCAGCUGGUCUCGGUGUGAACCUGCUGUGUCUGGCCAUCUACCUGAGCUGCCUGUGCUGCUGUCGGAGGGAUGAGGUGGAAGAGGAAAGUAAGAAAUCCAACUCCUGCUGUGUCACUUGGACUGCUGUUGCUGCCGGACUCAUCUGCUGUGUUGCCGUGGGAGUUGGUUUCUAUGGAAACAGUGAAACCAAUGAUGGGGUGUACCAGCUGACCUAUUCUCUCUAUAAUGCCAAUCACACGCUGGCGGGAGUGGACAGUUUGGUCACUGGUACUGUGGGAGGCAUG